AAAACUAUUUGCAAUAUUUGGUAAUUGCCAGCCUUUAAAAAUGAAUUUGGGCGAUCCCAUGUUGAGAGCCGUGCGCGUGCUCGGCCAGGGCACAUUCGGCCGCGUCUUCCUGUGCCUGCAGCACGAGGGCAGUCGCCAGCAGCGUCAAGUAUGCGUGAAGCGCAUCAUCGUGCGCAAUCCAAAGACGGAGCUGAGUCUGAUCAAGGAGGAGAUCUACAUCAUCUCGCAGUUGCGACAUCCCAACAUCGUCGAGUUUAUUCGCUCCUUCAACCACUCGGGCACCGUCAACAUCGUGAUGGAAUACGCGCCCAACGGGACCCUGCGGGACGUGAUUCAACACACGGCCAAUCUGCCGCAUGAGCGCCUGUUGCGCUACUUCGGCGACAUGGUGAUUGGUCUGGAGUACCUGCACAUACGCAACGUGAUCCACCGUGAUAUCAAGCCGGAAAACAUGCUCCUCGACGCUGGCGACCGGGUGAAGAUCGCCGACUUUGGAAUAUCCAAUGUCCAUGCCCCCAGCAAGCAGCACCUAGCGGGCGUAGGCACCCCCUUGUACAUGGCCCCGGAGGUGAUGUCCGGUAAUGGAAAGGUUGAUUAUAAGUCUGACAUCUGGUCGUUGGGGCUGGUUCUCUACGAGCUGUGCGUAGGCCGCAGCCCCUUUGUCGCGCUCAUCGAUCCCGGAGCCACGCCCCAGCAGGUGCAUACCGUGGUGGUCACGUUGACGCGGCCCAAACUAGACUGCCAGCUUAUACGGCGCCUCCACAACUCCACCUGGUCCCGUAUUUGCGAAUUGAUGGUGGUCUACGAACAGGAGCGCCGCAUCUGUGUGCCCGAUAUCUUCCGGCUGGAUCCCUGCAUCACUUCCUUCCUCUACAAGCAGUAUUUCAAUUACAACUACAACUAAUUUAUGAUCCCCCAGCGAAAAGAAGACCUUUUUUGUACGCGUAUUAUGUUUAGCAUUUACUUUUCUAACUUAAUAAUUUACAUUAAGCAAAUACACAGUAAUCCCCUAGA